AUGAAAGUCCAUGGCUUCGCAGUUUUGCUGUUGUGUUUCGUCCUUGGCGAUGCCCAGGCUCUUUCUGACCCAUUGGAUGGCAUUGCUGUUUCCAAAGUCAGCUGCUUAGAGUGGUUUGGUGCGUGCAAACUGACCAAUCUGUACCAAUCUGCUGCUUCUAAUGGAUCCCUACAUUUGCUGUUGCAAUCCCCGUUGGAUACGGUGCCAAGGCCCAUCAAACUUGGCAUUGGGUUUUUGUCUCCAAUUGCAUGGUUUGAUGCACUUUCUUUCUCAUCAGGUGUUUUUAAUGCCACUUCAUAUCAUCUUCAGCUUGCUAGGUUUGUGAAGACCGAUAAAGAUAUUGAACGCAUAUUCAUCCCCAUUUUUAUCCACUACAGUCCCCACUCGCUUAGCAAAGCGCUGGGGGGUCAAAUGGUGGCGAUCGAGGAACCCUCUCUGCUUGGCAUGCCCCUGUGGAGAAAUAUUAUGCGCGUGUUUUAUUCGGCCGCUUCAUCGGUAUUUUCUGCCUUGGAGCUUCAACUGACAAAUUUUUCGAAUCCCACGCACUUCAAGUACUUUUAUGCCCACAGCGAAUACCUUUUACAAGGCGCAGACACCGUUCGGAAAAACCGGCUUGAUGACAAGCUUCCGUUUGAGAAGAUAUUAAGAUCGGUGACCGACUUUUCGAUCGAACCGAUGUUUCCUUCCCAAUUGCCGGCUUCAAGAGUUUUCCGAACCCUCCUUCUGGGCUCCUCCGAUCAUUUCAAAGUUCCAGAGCUCAAAAUUACAAACAUCCAAAAUGCGCAAAACGAUCCCGAAAGCCGUAUAGGUAGAAGGAACACUGCAAUCAAACUGACCCGUGAGCUGAUAUUUAAUAGCCUGAUGGACGACAAAGAUCGGAGCGGACGUCUCUCUUCUAUUCCAGUUAUCACGCUUAUUAAAAGGCCCGAAAAUGCCUCGAGAGCUAUGCUCAAUUUGGAUGCACUUAUAUCUGCCCUCCGUGCCCUUCCUUGUAAGAUAAAUGUGAUUUCUCUGGAAACCCUGUCUAUUGAGGAGCAGAUAGCAACGGCUUACCAUUCCGACAUCCUGAUUGCUGUUCAUGGAGCUAGCAUGAUCCAUUCGCUAUGGAUGCGGCCAAAUGCAACGGUCAUUGAGAUCUUUCCCACCGGCAUCAAAAAGGCAAUCUACCAAAAUCUUAUCAAAAUCAUCGGGGGCGUCCCAGACCAUCAAGCUGGGCGCCAAAGCCCGGGGCUUUCUCCAUUUCCUUUGUACCUCUCUUGGCAGGAAAAGUACACCACCCGCAACGGGAUUUUUGACGUCAUCAAUUGGGAAAGCGUCUCCUCAAAGGAAAUGUACCGUAGGCGAGAUGUUGUUGUCCACAUACCGUCCAUAUUAUCGCUAUUGCAGGUGGCUCUUGAUUUCCAAAAGGAUAAGCUUAAAUUUUUGCUCUUUGCCCCGUGGGAGCAGCUAAAUAACCAGGUCCAGGGGCUGAUGUCUGCAUGUGCCAUUGCACAGAAGCUGAACAGAAUCCUGCCUUUGCCCAAAAUCGGCUACAAAAAGGAGCGAUCCGCCAACCUGGCUCUAUUUGAGGUUUCCAAGUUUCGGUGGAACCCAUUCGGCAUUUACUUUGACUCGGAUCGUUUCAAUGAAAACCCCAUUUGUUCUGUCAUCGAUGAAUACAACUUUUCCAACAUUCUUGAAACAUUGGCCUUUUCCGCAUACAUCAAGAAGCAGCAAAGCACCAGGCCGCUUAAAAUCGUCUGGUCGUCUUAUAGAAACACAAUCAGGUCCCUUUUAGGAACGAUUCACGCUUGUUCUGCCUUCAAUAGCAUUAAUAUUUCGCCCAACCAAACUCUUGAAUAUUAUCACGAUGUUCUUUUCCUCCCCUCACUUGCAUAUGUAGACGAGAGUCCAGGCCACAACUCGUCAAAAUCCGGUUUUUUGGACAGCUAUUCCACACUGUAUAAUGCAUCGCAGUUUUUGCUGCUCGGCAAUAUGUUCCAGUUCUACAACUUUGGAACUGAAGUGACCUAUCCACAGCUCCAAUAUAAAGACUUUUUUAUGUCGCACAAGUACGCCAGCAUUCGAUCCUAUCUGAUUCCGCGUCCCGAAAUCAAAAGACUGACCGCCCUUCUGAUUGCCGAAGCUUCUUUGCAUCGCCAAUUUAUUGCCAUUCAUUUGCGUCGGGGAGACUAUUUCGGAAAGUGUACUAAAGAUUUCAACUACUACACGGCCAGUUCAAAAUUUGACCAUCGAAUCCGUGCGCGUAGUCCGUUUUGGAACAGCUGUUGGCAAACUCCAAACAUAAUUCGCCGGAGGCUGGCUUCGGUUUCUACCUCUUUUGGGGACCAUUCAGGGCGAAAGAUACCUCUCUACAUUUCCACCAAUGCUGUCUUUGGCCCCAACUUUAUGAACUUCGUCAACAGGGAUCGCAAGUAUUCCAUGGUGUCGCUCUCUCUUCUCCAAUCCAAGUUGGUUGAUAGGGCCGCGCUUAAUGCUACCUUUAACGUCCAAAUUACCUAUCUGCUAAAGUCCAUUUUAUUUUCACACAUGACGAUUCCCCCAGUACGCCCGCUUUCUGUGGUCACCCUGCUGGGGCUUCUUGACACCAACAUUUGGGCUUUGGUGGAUCAACAAAUUUGCUCGCUAUCACAUGUUUUUAUUGGCAACCGAUUCUCCUCGUUUACCAGAUCCAUCGUAGACUCCCGUGGCGGAACUCAAAACAGUAGCUCACGCACUUUUUUUUUCUAG